AUGCCUGAGGAGACCCAAGAAGACACCUUAGCACCUAGGCUGAGCCAGAGGAGCAGGGAGACACCGGUCCUCAACCACGUGCAGGAGGUGCGUCUGCACAGUGUGGAGUCCAUCAGCGACCUACACAGUGGAGGCUCGCUGCGCCCCUAUCUGGUCGAAGAGGCACGGCCAUGGGAGGAGCUGCUGGGUGUCUUGCCGCCUUCGCUAUGUGCCCAGGCAGGCUGCAGCCCCAUGUGUGGCCGCGGGGGGUUCCUGCUGCUGCUAGCGCUGCUGGUGCUUACCUGCCUAGUGCUCGCCAUACUGGCCGUCUACCUGAGUGUGCUGCAGAGUGAAUCCCUGCGCAUCCUGGCACACACAUUGCGCACGCAGGAGGAGACGCUACUCAAACUCCGCCUGGCCAGCCUCAGCCAGCUGCGGAGGCUCAACUCCAGCGAAGCCCGAGUACCCAGCUGA